GAGCGGCCUUUGGCGGAGGAAACCCGAAGGAGCGCGAGGCUCGAGGCGGGGGCGAGGGCGGACUUCGGGUGUACGGACACAGGACUCCUGCCCGCCAAUCUGCUGCAGAGGAGGCCGCAGGGGCAGGCGGACUGUAAACUCCGGGCCCUGUUCCCUGAGCUCUGCCCUCGGAUGUCCCACCGACCAGAGCCUGCAUGCGCCGUGGGGCGCCCCAGGACCAGGAGCUCGUGGGUUCCGGGGCUCCUGGACGAGGGUCCCGGGGCGCCCCUACUCCUUCGGGACCUGUUGUCCCGGUGCUCGUCUUUCCCCUGGAUUUAGUAUUCAGGGCGGACCAGCGGAGCGGACCCCGGCAGCUGCUGACCCUCUAUAACCCUACUGGAGCUGUGCUUCGCUUUCGAGUCUUGUGCACUGCACCUGCCAAAUACACAGUGUUUGACGCAGAAGGAUAUGUGAAGCCUCAGUCCUGCAUUGACAUUGUGAUUCGCCAUGUGGCCCCCACUCCCAGCCACUAUGAUGUCCAGGACCGCUUCCGAAUUGAGCUUUCUGAGGAGGGAGCUGAAGGCAGAGUGGUGGGGCGGAAGGACAUCACCUCAGUCCUGAGGGCCCCAGCAUAUCCCCUUGAGCUUCAGGGCCAGCCUGACCCAACACCUCACCCAGGGCCUCCUUCCUGGACAGCAUCACCCACAGCCAGACACUUCCCAGAGAAACCCCGCCCUCAACUGGCUACCAGCUCCUUCUUCCUCUUCCUGCUGACGGGCAUCAUCUCUGUGGCCUUCCUACUGCUCCCACUUCAGGAUGAACUUGGCAGCCAGCUGCCCCAAGUCCUGCACGUCUCCCUGGGACAAAAGUUGGUGGCAGCCUACGUAUUGGGCCUCCUCACCAUGGUGUUCCUUCGAACUUGAGCCCCCUGCUCAACCUCCACCCUGCCCAUGGGAAGUGAGUGAUGUGGGAUGUGAGACAGCCACUGUGAUGCCCAGACCUUGCCUCUGCUCCUCCUCCCUUUGUCCUUCCUGCCCACCAGCCCCACCUCCACCCUGACAGAAAUACCCAGGGAUUUGUAUUCAUUUUCCAAGUUGAAUAAACUAAAUUUUUAAAAU